UUAUGUUAGUUAUAUUAAUUUACAUUAGGUGGGAAAUUGGAGAUUUCUUGGACAAGGUAGUCUUUAAAAACUGACUUUAAAGAAUAGUAGGAUUUCAGCAGGGAAAAAUCAAGGAAAAGGAAGAGUACAAAGCUUUCUAGAAGAAAUCCUAGAAGCUCAAGGCUUUUGACAAAGAGAAGUCCAAUUUAUAUUAGGAACAUAGAGGAGGGAAUUAAUAAGGUAGAUUAGCACUAAAUCUUUCUCUUUUUUUAAACUUUUUUUCCAAAAUUAAUUUUACACAUAUUUAUAAUCUUUCCUUUUCACGGACUCUCCCAAAUGAUAAAAACAAAACAAAACAAAUUUAAAAAUAAAACCCUCACUGUAAAUAUGCAUAGUCCAGGAAAACUUUUCUAGAUUGGCCACUUCUGAAAAGUUUUUUUUUUUUUUUUUUUUAAUACCGAAUUUUAAGUUCUUUACCUCCGUGGCAGGAGGUGGAGGUCUUGUUAAUGGUCUUUUCUCACUCCUUAUCUUUCUUGACUAUUCUGCAGCCUUUAAAACUGUUGGUUAUUUCUUGUCUUGAUCUUUUCACUCAGUCAUGUCUGCCGACACUGGGUUGGCACUAGAUCUUAAAUAGCAUUAAGUACUUUAUUCACUAGGCAGUGAGGAGCUAUUAAAGUUUUUUUCAAGGGAGUCACAUAGGUAGAAUAGAUACAUUAGGGAGAUGGUUUUGGCAGCGGCGUGCAAAAUGUACUACAAAGAACUGAACACCACUUGGAAGACGAAAGUAGUCCGGAGGAAAAGUAAUAGUUGCCAGCAAAUAUUGGUAAUGCUAAUCUACCGAGUAAAAGACAAGCGCAAUUACAUAAAUAUACCGUAUAAAAAAGAGGCAGUACAAAGUUUCUAUAUCAUUUGUGGCAAGAAAUCAUAAACAUAUCGAUUCUUCUGGAAGAUGAAAGGAUCUUCGUUCAUCAUUCUAGAAAUCUAUCUAUGGAAAGGUCACCAAGCCGGUCAAUUAUGAAACAUAAUUGCUGGCAAAAAUUGUCGGAUCAUUUGCCCGCAUGAAGGUUUUUUAAAGUGGACUCCAUAUCUCCAUUUCACAAUGGGACUCGUUUCUCCGGAGACCUUGCCUCAGGAGGGCAAAGAGUCAAAAGAGCGGACUUGAAAGGAAGGAAAGAAGAAAGAAAGGCCGGGAGAAGUGGACAUUAAAGGAAUAGGCGUGGGAGGAGGGGGAGGGAGAGCCAGGAGGGAAGAAGCAGGCAGGAGGUGGAGCAAGGGAGGGCGGGGAUCAGGGAGAGGUGGAGGCAAAGAGAGGAGAAGGCAGACCUAGAGAUUAAGGGAGUGGAGGGCGCGGGAGUGACCGGAAGAGGUGAAGACGGUAAAAAUAAAGCCGGAGAGAGAGAGGAAGGUGUGGAAGAUACCUCAAGCUAAGGAAGACCUCUAGAACCUCAGAAGACUGGAGAGAGAGGCGGAAGGAGAAUGGAGGAGGGAAUGACGGGGAAAGGGGGCGCGGACGGGGGCGUGGUCAAAAGGGGCGGAGCGAGAGAUGAAGGGCUGAAGUGAGCGUCAGCUCCCGGCUAUCGCGAGAAUUGGGCCGGGGCCGAGCUCAGCAAUCUAUUCCCACCCCCCCCUCCCCUCCCCAACACCAUCCCGGGAGGAGCAGCGGCUGCCGGAGCCGCCGGCUCUGGACUCUCCCAAUUCUGAGCUCUCAUCAUGGCGGCAGCGGCGGCGGCGGCUGUCGGGGGGCAGCCGUCGCCUCAGUCUGAGCCGCCUCAGCCGGACCUGGGCCGGGACAAGGCGGCCACGGCGGCACACCUGAAGGAGGCGCUAAGCCGGCCGGACAACCGGGCGGGUGCUGAGGAGCUGCAGGCUCUGUUGGAGCGGGUGCUGAGCGCCGAGCGGCCGCUGGCCCGGGCGGAGGGCGGGGGGGAGGAGGCGGCAGCGGCGGCGGCCGGAGGAGGCAGCGGGGGCGCUAGCGGCGGCGGCCCGGGGGCUGCGGAAGAGGAGGCCCUCGAGUGGUGUAAGUGCCUUUUGGCCGGCGGCGGCGGCUACGAGGAGUUCUGCGCCGCGGUGAGGGCCUACGACCCCGCGGCGCUCUGCGGCCUGGUCUGGACAGCCAACUUCGUGGCCUACCGGUGCCGGACGUGCGGCAUCUCUCCUUGCAUGUCCCUGUGCGCCGAGUGCUUCCAUCAGGGCGACCACACCGGACACGACUUCAACAUGUUCCGCAGCCAGGCCGGGGGCGCCUGCGAUUGUGGGGACAGCAACGUGAUGCGGGAGAGCGGGUUUUGCAAAAGACAUCAAAUUAAAUCAAGUUCAAAUAUUCCUUGUGUUCCAAAAGACUUACUGAUGAUGUCUGAAUUUGUUCUUCCACGGUUUAUUUUUUGUCUUAUUCAAUACUUAAGAGAAGGCUAUAAUGAACCAGCAGUUGAUGUACCAUCAGAAAAAGAUCUUCACAAAGUCCUUCAGUUAUUGGGACCCCAAAUUUCCUUUUUGGAAGAUUUGACUAAAAUGGGAGGAGCGAUGCGAUCUGUUCUUACCCAGGUUUUGACAAAUCAGCAAAACUACAAAGAUCUUAGUUCUGGUCUUGGAGAAAAUGCAUGUGCAAAGAAAAGUCAUGAAAAGUACCUCAUAGCUCUGAAGGGUUCUGGAUUGGCAUUUCCUGAGGAUAAACUUACAUGUGGUAUGCAGGACCAGGCUGCUGGCACUAGCUCUGUGGCAGUUUCAGGUUUUGCAGGUGCUACAGGAACGUCAGAACAAGUGGAUUCUUCAGAUGAGGAGGACCAGGAUGGUAGCCAAGGUGUGGGCAAACGCAAGAGGGUAAAAUUAAGCAGCAGUGUCAAAGAUCAAUCUAUUAUGGAUGUUUUGAAACAUAAAAGUUUUCUAGAAGAAUUAUUAUUUUGGACUAUAAAAUAUGAAUUUCCACAAAAGAUGGUAACUUUCUUACUCAACAUGCUACCAGAUCAAGAUUAUAAGAUUGCUUUUACAAAAACCUUUGUCCAGCAUUAUGCUUUUAUUAUGAAAACACUGAAGAAAAGUCAUGAAUCAGACACAAUGUCUAACAGAAUUGUGCAUAUUAGUGUUCAGCUAUUCAGCAAUGAGGAACUGGCAAGACAAGUAACAGAAGAAUGCCAAUUGCUGGAUAUUAUGGUCACUGUUUUAUUAUACAUGAUGGAGAGUUGCCUUAUUAAAAGUGAACUGCAAGAUGAAGAAAACAGUUUACAUGUGGUAGUAAACUGUGGAGAAGCACUACUGAAGAACAAUACUUAUUGGCCUCUUGUCAGUGAUUUUAUAAAUAUCCUUUCACAUCAAAGUGUGGCAAAGAAAUUCCUGGAGGAUCAUGGUUUGUUAGUUACUUGGAUGAAUUUUGUGUCAUUUUUUCAAGGUAUGAACUUAAAUAAACGAGAACUAAAUGAACAUGUGGAAUUUGAAUCUCAGACCUACUAUGCUGCAUUUGCUGCUGAGCUUGAGGCUUGUGCACAGCCGAUGUGGGGGCUGUUAUCACACUGCAAAAUUAGGGAAACACAAGAAUAUACAAGAAAUGUUGUUAGAUAUUGCCUAGAAGCACUUCAGGACUGGUUUGAUGCUAUAAACUUUGUAGAUGAGCCAGCUCCCAACCAGGUUACUUUUCAUUUGCCACUACAUCGUUAUUAUGCUAUGUUUUUGAGUAAGGCUGUGAAAUGUCAAGAGCUAGAUCUAGAUUCUAUUUUACCAGAUCAGGAAAUGUUGAUGAAAUUAAUGAUUCACCCACUCCAAAUCCAGGCAAGUCUCUCUGAAAUUCACAGUAACAUGUGGGUUAGAAAUGGCCUUCAGAUCAAAGGACAAGCUAUGACUUAUGUACAGUCUCAUUUCUGUAAUUCCAUGAUUGAUCCUGACAUAUACUUACUACAGGUCUGUGCAUCUAGACUUGACCCAGAUUAUUUUAUUUCAUCUGUUUUUGAAAGAUUUAAAGUAGUGGAUUUGUUGACAAUGGCUUCACAACAUCAAAAUACAAUACUUGACUCAGAACAUGAAAGAUCUAUGUUAGAAGGAGCCCUCACAUUUCUUGUGAUUCUGUUGAGCCUUCGUUUACAUUUAGGAAUGACAGAUGAUGAAAUCCUCAGGGCAGAGAUGGUAGCCCAACUUUGUAUGAAUGACAGGACACAUAGUUCAUUGCUGGAUCUCAUUCCAGAAAAUCCCAAUCCCAAAAGUGGAAUUAUUCCAGGUAGCUACAGUUUUGAAUCUGUGUUGUCAGCUGUAGCUGAUUUUAAAGCUCCCGUUUUUGAACCUGGAGGUUCUAUGCAACAAGGAAUGUAUACUCCCAAAGCUGAAGUCUGGGAUAGAGAGUUUGACCCAGUCAUGGUAAUCCUUCGGACAGUUUACCGUAGAGAUGUGCAGUCUGCAAUGGACAGAUAUACCGCAUUUUUAAAACAGAGUGGAAAAUUCCCUGGAAAUCCUUGGCCUCCUUAUAAGAAAAGGACACCUCUGCACCCCAGUUACAAAGGUCUCAUGCGACUUUUACAUUGUAAAACUUUACAUAUUGUCCUAUUCACCCUACUUUACAAGAUUUUAAUGGAUCACCAAAAUCUGUCAGAACAUGUCCUCUGUAUGGUUUUAUAUCUGAUUGAAUUAGGACUUGAAAAUUCACCUGAAGAAGAGCCAGAUGAAGAAGAACCUGUGGGUGGACAAGAACGUUGCCAUGACAGUUGGUUUCCUGGUAGUAACUUAGUAUCUAACAUGAGGCACUUUAUAAAUUAUGUGAGAGUAAGGGUUCCAGAAACAGCUCCCGAAGUAAAGAGAGAGCCACCUGCAAGUACCAGUUCUGAUAGCUUUGCUUCUACACAGAAUUCAGGUACAGCUCAAGUUUUCAGCUUAGUAGCAGAACGUAGAAAAAAAUUUCAGGAGAUCAUUAAUCGUAAUAGUGGUGAAGCAAAUCAGGUGGUUCGUCCCAAAACAUCAAAUAAAUGGUCUGCUCCUGGUUCAACUCCACAGUUAACUACAGCUAUUUUGGAAAUCAAAGAAAGUAUAUUAUCUUUGUUAAUCAAACUUCACCACAAACUCUCAGGAAAACAAAACUCUUACUAUCCUCCCUGGUUAGAUGAUCUAGAAAUUUUAAUCCAACCAGAAAUUCCCAAAUACAGUCAUGGAGAUGGCAUGACUGCAGUAGAGAGAAUUUUGUUAAAAGCUGCAUUGCAAAGCAGAUUGAACAAGCGCAUCAUUGAAGAAAUAUGUAAGAAAGUGACCCCUCCUGUACCGCCCAAAAAAGCCAGUUCAGCAGAGAAGAAAACUUUGGACAAAGAAGAAAGGCGACAAAAGGCUAGAGAAAGACAACAGAAGUUGCUUGCAGAAUUUGCUUCCAGACAGAAAAGCUUCAUGGAAACCGCUAUGGAUGUUGAUUCUCCAGAAACUGAUAUUGCUAUGGAGAUAGUGACACCAGAACAGCAAGUCUCUGAAGCAGUAUAUGACUGUGUCAUCUGUGGACAAAGUGGCCCAUCCUCUGAAGAGCGACCCACAGGGUUGGUUGUGCUUUUGCAAGCCUCUUCAGUCUUAGGGCAGUGUCGGAACAGCACAGAGCCAAAGAAGCUGCCAACCACAGAAGAGGAGCAGAUAUACCCCUGGGAUACAUGUGCUGCAGUGCAUGAUGUUAGGCUUUCCUUGUUACAGCGUUUUUUUAAGGAUAGUUCCUGUCUCCAGGCUGUAUCAAUUGGCUGGGAAGGAGGUGUUUACGUGCAAACUUGUGGCCACACAUUGCACAUAGAUUGCCAUAAAUCGUACAUGGAAUCAUUGCGGAAUGACCAGGUUCUUCAGGGUUUCUCUGUGGAAAAAGGAGAAUUCACAUGCCCACUUUGUCGUCAAUUUGCUAACAGCGUACUUCCCUGUUAUCCUGGAAACAAUGUGGAAAAUAGCCUUUGGCAGUGUCAUAGUAACAAGAGCCUGCAAGAGCUCAUAAAAGAGGUUGAAGAGCUUCAAGAACAGCUGGGAAUUUUCCCAGUAAGCAUCAGUUCAGAAACCAACUUAAGUAAAGAAAUGGAAUCUGUAAUGAAGGAUAUCAAAAGUACUACACAAAGGAAAUACACAGACUAUAGCAAGACUCCUGGCUCACCAGACAAUGAUUUUCUCUUUAUGUAUUCUGUAGCUAGGACCAAUUUGGAACUUGAGUUAAUUCAUCGUGGAGGGAAUUUGUGUUCAGGGGGAGCAAGCACAGCUGGCAAACGAUCUUGUUUGAAUCAGCUAUUCCAUGUAUUAGCCAUGCAUAUGAGGCUUUAUAGCAUUGAUUCUGCCUACAAUCCAUGGAAAAAACUAACUCGAUUAAUGCAAGAUAUUAAUUCACAGCUCUGCAAUGAAGAGCAACCUGAGGUUCCUGUGCUUUACCGAGAUGUUUCAUCACUUUUGCUUAUCCAGAUUUUAACCAUGCCACAGCCUUUACACAAAGAACACUUUACAUGCAUCGUGAAGGUACUUUUUACAUUACUAUAUACACAAGCUCUUGCAGCACUUUCAGUUAAAUGCAGUGAGGAAGAAAGAUUAGCCUGGAAAGACUUGGGAACCCUCAAAAAGAAUACAUGCAAUGCUGAAAAGUCUUGGGAGGUAUUAUUGAGCCUUGUGAUAAAUGAACUGUCUAAAGGGAAGCUGUACUUGGAAGGAGAAACUGAAGAACUUGGAAUGGUUAACCCUAUUGCCUGGUCUCCUGAUAACAUAGAAAGAUAUUUACAGCAGUUCUGCUUACCUUUUCUCAGGAUCACCAGCCUUCUUCAACAUCACCUUUUUGGGGGAGAUUUACCAAGCUGUCAGGAAGAAGAAGAAUUUACCGUUCUUGCUAGCUGCUUGGGGCUUCUACCAUCUUUUAGUCAAACAGCUCAUCCAUUCACCAGUGCUGCCUGCCUUGACUGGUCUGUUCCAGCAUUUGACAUCAUACCUCAGUGGUGCUUUGAAGUAACUUCAUUUUCUGAAAGACAUGCAGAACAAGUAAAGGUUUUGCUUAUCCAGGAAUCAAAAUGGGACUUACCACACUUAUUACAGUUGCCUGAGAACUAUAAUACCAUCUUUCAGUACUACCACAGAAAAACUUGUAGUGUGUGCACUAAAGUUCCUAAAGAUCCUGCUGUAUGCCUUGUUUGUGGUACUUUUGUCUGCCUGAAAGGACUUUGCUGCAAACAACAAAGUUACUGCGAAUGUGUACUGCAUUCUCAGAACUGUGGUGCUGGAACAGGAAUAUUUCUUUUGAUCAAUGCAUCGGUAAUUAUUAUUAUUCGAGGCCAUCGUUUCUGCCUCUGGGGUUCCGUUUAUCUGGAUGCACAUGGUGAAGAAGACCGGGAUCUUAGACGUGGCAAGCCUCUCUACAUUUGCAAGGAAAGAUACAAAGUUCUUGAACAGCAGUGGGUUUCUCAUACUUUUGAUCACAUCAAUAAAAGAUGGGGUCCACAUUAUAAUGGGCUAUAAAUCAUCUAUUACCUGCAGCUUCACACCAUAUCAUCCAUCACCUUUACUAAGAAUCCAGCUUUACAAAGAUAAGCUUUAACUUAAUUUGGGGGAUUAACUCACUGGAAAAAAAGAAACCAUGCCAUUUUUAAGCCUUUCAAUAAUUAGGUGCUGUUGAUAUUACAUUAAUGGUACUAUAACUUAAAAAAAAAAAAUCUUUGGGAGGCCAUGAAAAGUUUAACUUCCUUGGUACUCAUGCUUUUUGUUUAUUCCACAAUUGAUAAGAAGCACAACUUGUUCUCAAAAUUAUUUAAAAGUGAGAUCUCCCAACAAUGAGAUGAAAUACUUCUUUGAUAUUUUGAGUGGAUUUGAGUUAUUGCAGGUUUACUGCUUCCACAUCCUUUGUGUUUAAUUUGCAUCUACUAAACAUAUUGCAUAAUUUUUCCUUUCCAUUUCUUGUGUUGAUUUGAGAUUUUUGCUUGCUACAUAUGUAAUUAGACAACAAUUGUAAAACAUGAUUUAUGUGAGAUAUUGUAUAGUAAAAGUUGGUCUAACAGUAGAACUUAAAAAAAAAAUUCACUUAUUGUGAGAGGUCUGUUAAAAGCUUUCAGACGUUGCUGAAAAUCUAACUCAUUCUCAGGAAUUUCAUAAAUAUUAUCCCCAGGUAAAUAAAUAAAAUAGCUGUAAAAUAA